AUGUUUUUUCAUUCUCUUCCGCGCGGUGUGGUGGUGGUAGCCGCUGGUGAGCUUUCGUGUUAUUUCGGAGAACGGUGGCCACUGCCUAAGGACAUCCAGGCUUAUAAUACUCGACCGAAGCCGUUCGUUCUUCGAAUAGCACUGAGCACCAGCGAGUAUUUGUCGAACGCUGAGUAUUAUAUGCGCGGAUGUCUUUGCAGUGGCGGCCCGCGGCGCACCAGCGAGCCUGACGUGUGA